UUUCUUAUGAUCAUUUGUUACUUUGCAUCUCUGUAUGUUUCACAAAUUUUCUAUAAUUCAGCUAUUUUGUAUAACAUCACGCUGAAGUAAGCUGCCCAGAACCAUCCCUCAGUCCAGCCCAGGAGAUGGGUGGACAUGGCACCCUUCUUUCUGGAAUUUUCUCUCCUUCCCCCUUCUUCCUCUCUAAGCAAACCCUCUCCUCUCCACUCUUCUGCCCUCCCCUCCCCCAUCUCUCUUCCUCCAGUCUCCGUUUUCCUUCUCUCUUCCCAGCCCUCGAUUCCUCCCCUCUUCCUAUCCAACUUCCCUUGGCCGCGGCUCCGGUGCCGCGCGGGCCUCUGGGAGUGGAGGGGCGCGGUCGGGUCUCCGGUGGGUUCCGCUCCGCGCGCGGGCUUCUGGGAAGUGUGGUCGGGCCGACCGCGCAGGCGCGGCGCGGCCUGGAGCGCCUAGCGCGGUGAUCAUUGUCUAGACCGAGCUGCGUGGGAUAUUGAAUGUAAUUCCCUGUGCUGUACAGGGGGACCAUGCUGUUUCUCCAUUCUAUAAAUAGUUUGCAUCUGCUAACCCCAGACUCCCAGUCCAUCCUUCCCUGAUGCCCUUGCUCCUCCUUGCAACCGCAAGUCUGCUCCACCACAGCCUGCCGUUCGGUCACUGUGGGCAGUGGAGGGGUGGCCACCCAGCUGCUGACUGAUGAGGCCCUGUGCAGGGCACAUGAGUUCGAUCCCUGGUUGGGGAAGAUCCUGCAUGCCAUGUGGUGGAGCCAAAAAAAAAAAAACAACUUAGAAAAUCCAGAAGAGUAUAGCAGACAGGAUCAGAAUUACCCUGGAUUUCAUCCCAGGAGGCAAGAAUACUGGAGUGUGUUGCCAUUGCCUUCUCCAGGGGAUCUGCCCAACCCAGGGACUGAACCCUCAUUUUCUGCGUUGGCAGGCACAGAGCCACUGCAAGUUGGAUACGUGGACACUCGGCCCGCAGUGAAAGAAGCGGGCCCGAAGGAGGAGAUUUCGGAAGACGGACCAUCCUCAGAAGGGCCCGCGAGGCACGGGGCCGGGGGUACCACCCUGGGCGGAGCGCGCAUGCAGGGUGACCGCGUGGACCCGCCGCGGGGGAGCGCUCGCACCCGUCAGGGACGGCGGGGAACCUCCCGGGAGUCGGCCCCCGAGUGCCCCCCAGCGCCCCCCGGGUCGGCCAUGCGGGGAAAAGGCCUCGCAGGUCACUCGGACCUCGGGAACCCCUCCAGGCCGGACGCGGAGAAGAGCGCCUACGGCUGCAGCGAGUGCGGCAAGGCUUUCGGCCGCAGCUCGUCGCUGACGAAGCACCAGCGCAUCCACACCGGCGAGAAGCCCUUCCGGUGCGACGCGUGCGGGAAGCAGUUCCUGGAGCGCUCGUCGCUGACUAUCCACCGGCGCGUGCACACGGGCGAGAAGCCGUACGCCUGCGGGGACUGCGGCAAGGCCUUCAGCCAGCGCAUGAACCUGACGGUGCACCAGCGCACGCACACCGGCGAGAAGCCCUACGCGUGCGGCGCCUGCGGCAAGACCUUCCGGAAGACCUCGUCCCUCGCCCAGCACGAGCGGGUCCACACGGGCGAGAAGCCGUUCGCGUGCGGAGACUGCGGCAAGGCCUUCAGCCAGAGCAUGCACUUGGUGGUGCACCGGCGCACGCACACCGGCGAGAAGCCAUACGCGUGCGGGGAGUGCGGGCGCGCCUUCAGCCAGCGCAUGCACCUGACGGAGCACCGGCGCACGCACACGGGCGAGAAGCCCUACGCCUGCGGGGACUGCGGCCGCGCCUUCAACAAGAGCUCGUCGCUGACGCUGCACCGGCGCAACCACACGGGCGAGAAGCCGUACGCGUGCGGCGAGUGCGGCAAGGCCUUCAGCCAGAGCUCCUACCUGAUCCAGCACCAGCGGCUGCACAUCGGCGUGAAGCCCUUCGAGUGCGGCCGCUGCGGCAAGGCCUUCAGCAAGAACUCGGCCCUGACGCAGCACCAGCGCCUGCACACCGGCGAGAAGCCCUACGCCUGCCCCGUCUGCAAGAAGCACUUCACGGGCCGCUCGUCGCUGGUGGUGCACCAGGUGGGCCACACCGGAGAGAAGCCCUACGCCUGCGGCGAGUGCGGGAAGGCCUUCGGCCAGAGCGCCUACCUCAUCGAGCACCAGCGCAUCCACACGGGCGAGAAGCCCUACCGAUGCGCGCAGUGCGGCAAGGCCUUCAUCAAGAACUCCUCGCUCACCGUGCACCAGAGGAUCCACACCGGGGAGAAGCCCUACGCGUGCGGCGAGUGCGGGAAGACCUUCAGUCGGAACACCAACCUCACGCGGCACCUGAGGGUCCACGUCUAGGGAGGCUGGGCCCCCCCUCCCCCCAGUCUGCACCAGGUGAACGGGGUCCUAGGCUCGGAGUCUCCCCCCAGAUGGGCGGGGUCCUCUGCGCGGAGCCUCCACCAGGUGGGCGUGGUCCUAACCUCGGCGUCUCCGCCAGA